UUUUACUGUAACAUGGCAGCACCAGGAGCAACAAAAACGUCAUGGAAGCUUCAAGAAAUUGUUGCCCAUGCCAGCAAUGUAUCUGCUUUGGCUUUGGGAAAAAGUUCAGGUCGUCUCAUGGCCACAGGAGGCGAAGACUGUCGUGUCAAUUUGUGGUCCGUUAACAAACCCAACUGCAUUAUGAGUCUCACAGGACAUACGUCUCCAGUGGAGAGCAUGUGCUUUAACUCCUCUGAACAGCUGAUAGUGGCUGGAUCACAGUCUGGGUCCCUGCGGGUAUGGGACUUGGAAGCUGCCAAGAGUCUGAGAACAUUAAUGGGACAUAAAGCAAACAUUUGCAGUCUGGACUUUCAUCCACAUGGGGAGUAUGUGGCAUCUGGCUCCAUAGACACAAAUAUCAAGAUAUGGGAUGUGCGCAGAAAAGGUUGUGUGUUCAGAUAUAAGGGUCAUACACAACCAGUCAGAUGCCUCCGGUUUAGCCCAGAUGGGAAAUGGUUAGCAUCUUCUUCAGAUGAUCACUCUAUAAAGCUAUGGGAGUUAAGUGCUGGAAAGCUAAUAUCUGAGUUUUCACAGCACACUGGACCUGUUAAUGUUGUUGAAUUCCACCCCAAUGAGUAUUUAUUGGCAUCUGGGAGCACUGACAGAUGCAAUAUUAAUGUUACUUUUACCCGCCAGAACUCUGUGACUGACUGCGAGGUAAAUGUACUAGCUUUUCUAUUACUGCAGCCGUUUGAAACUCCGUUCCCUAUUAUCGUGUAG